GUGACGCUGUCAUGAAAGGAGAAAAGGAAGAGGCUGUCCUAGACAGACCAUGAAGCUUCACUAAAAUCCUUUAUACACAGAGUUCCGUUGACACAGCACAGAGCAUGUGUUUCUGUGUCAGCAUCGUGUCUUUGCGCUUCAGGAGCGACAGACAGGAUCAUCAACAUUAAAUUGGAGAAGAAAAAAAAACAAGGAGAGACACAGACACAAAGAAAAAAGCCGUGUCCCCACAGGAGCUAGCAAUGUCAAGUUUAAAGAAAAGAUAUUCCAAUUCGUCAGCCGAACGGGAUGUGGAAGACAAGGAGGUUACGGAGAAGAUGCUCUCUCCAGUCGGAGGAGAGAAUGGAAACUCAAGCCGAAUGGGAAGCCCGGAUAAGGUACCCGGGGAAGAGAAGGUUGUCCUAGAAAGAACCAUUACCCUGGUGAAUGGCGUAGCUAUCAUAGUGGGUACCAUCAUCGGCUCGGGUAUCUUUGUGACCCCGACUGGAGUGGUGAAGGAAGCCGGGUCCGUCGGACUGUCCCUUGUCGUUUGGGCAGUGUGUGGUGUGUUCUCAACCAUAGGUGCACUGUGUUAUGCUGAGCUGGGCACCACUAUUUCAAAAUCAGGUGGAGACUAUGCUUACAUCCUUGAAGUGUAUGGUUCCCUGCCGGCUUUCCUGAAACUGUGGAUCGAGUUGCUCAUCAUCCGCCCGUCAUCGCAGUACAUUGUCGCGUACGUCUUCGCUACCUACCUUCUCAAGCCAAUCUUCCCUGACUGCCCUGUACCCGAGAAUGGAGCGAAGUUGAUCGCCUGUCUUUGCAUCUUGCUGUUGACUGCUAUAAACUGCUACAGUGUGAAGGCAGCCACGCGGGUCCAGGAUGCCUUUGCAGCUGCCAAGCUCUUUGCCUUGGGCCUCAUCAUCAUUAUUGGUUUUGUGAAGAUUGGCAAAGGUGACACAGUCAACCUCCUACCAGAAAAUUCUUUCAAGAAUUCAAAUUACGACUUUGGGAACAUUGGUCUGGCCCUGUACAGUGGUCUGUUUGCGUAUGGGGGCUGGAAUUACUUGAACUUCGUUACAGAAGAAAUGAUUGAACCUUACAAGAACCUGCCUCGUGCCAUCAUCAUCUCCCUGCCCAUCGUCACUGUGGUGUACGUACUGACUAACCUGGCCUACUUCACCACUCUGAGUCCAGAAGAGAUGCUCAGCUCUGAGGCUGUGGCUGUGGACUUUGGAAACUACCACCUGGGCCCCAUGGCUUGGAUCAUCCCUGUGUUUGUGGGACUGUCCUGUUUCGGCUCUGUUAAUGGCUCUCUCUUCACAUCAUCCAGGUUGUUCUUUGUGGGCUCAAGAGAAGGCCACCUCCCCAGUCUGCUGUCCAUGAUCCACCCUGACCUGCUGACCCCUCUGCCGUCACUCAUCUUCACAUGCCUCAUGACGCUGCUGUACGCCUUCUCCAACGACAUCUUCUCUGUCAUCAACUUCUUCAGUUUCUUCAACUGGCUCUGUAUUGCCAUGGCGAUAAUCGGCAUGAUGUGGCUGCGCUACAAGAAGCCUGAGCUGGAACGACCAAUUAAGGUGAAUAUCCUGCUGCCUAUCAGUUUUGUCCUGGCUUGUAUGUUCCUUAUCGUGGUGUCCAUCUGGAAAACACCUGUGGAGUGUGCCAUUGGCUUUGGCAUCAUUGCCACUGGAGUGCCAGUCUACUACAUUGGCGUUUGGUGGCAAAACAAGCCCAAAUGGCUCCUUCAGUUUAUCUUCUCUUCCACGGCGCUUUGCCAGAAGCUGAUUGGGGUGGUACCACAGGAAUCCUGAAGAGGACCUAAAGCGACGAAGCCCCUCGACAUACAACCCCAGUGACCACUGAUCUAUCCCUCACCCCUGGAGGCACCUACCCCUGCUCCCAGUCUACACCCUCACUCAGCCCCCAUCAAUGUUUUUAGUUCUAAUCAUUCCUUCUGAUCUCCUAGUGUUCUAGUGCAGGAGAGCCAUGCUGCUAGACUGCUGUGCCCAGCACGGUCCCCCUCCACCCUACUCAUACUGUAGCUGUUGGGAUACCUUCAGACAGGUUGUUUCAGUCUUCAAGAUUUUGUUGAUUUUGUAUUUUUGAAUGUCUUUGUACCGAACCACAGCUCACAAGUGUUGUAUUUAUGAGGAUUAUGUUACUUCUGUUUGCAGAGAAAUGUCCUCUCGUUCAAACUAUUCUUUCACUGAAGGUUUGGCAUCCUUGUGUUCAUGUAGUUGCAAUCUGUGCUUUCAGUCAGUUGUGAUAGACAUGUGUGGCCUGGCUUGGUGCCAAUUCCUUGUAGACCAAAGCUAGAAUUGUUUGUUCAGAUUUCCAAGGUAGACUCACUGUUUCACAGUAGUUCUGCCAUUACCCAGUUAGUGAGUCAACUGCAUUCCCAGAAGGGCAUCAUGUCUGUUUGUAACCAUGGCUUCCAUUUCAGCAGCUUACAGGCUGUUGAACGCAGACAUUAUGUGUUGUAGUUUGGGUGUUUGUUUUUCUGGAUGCUUUUGUUUUCAGCUUUUUUGGGGAAAGGUUUAAUGUAUCUGUAAAGGAUAGUGAAAUAUAUAUUUGAUUACCGUAAUUUGUGGACUAUUAAGUGCACCUGAAUAUAAGCCGCACCC